AUGGCAUUGUACGUGGGCUUGAGAGGAGCGCAUCUGCGUAUUUUCGAGCUCGUGUCUCUCCAACGAGCCAACAAGUUGAUAAGUCGCUUUAUGACGAGGCCAUACACCUCAUUUGCCGCCAACACUGGAGUGUCUCAGGCAACCGCCACGGCCAGGCCGAUCGCGAGCUCCCCAAAGCUGUUCCUUCCUAUCGGCUGGUCGGGCAAUGGUCACGCGAGGGGGCCGCAGGGCCUACAGCUGGGGCCCGCCAGGGAAUGUAGCAUGUUUUACGGACAUUCCGAGGCUUCUCCAGGUAAGGGGAUCGGAAAGGUAAAGUUGACGGAUGCUGAAGGCGCUGUGGAGGUGGAGUGGUCCGCGGGAGGGGUGAGCAAGUACCCGUACGUCUGGCUGAGGGACAACUGUCAGUGUCCCAUGUGUUACGAGUCGGAGUACGGCAACCGCCUGAUUCUGACGUCAGAGCUGGACACGGAGAUAGUUCCCGCCAGGGCUGAAACACGAGGCACGGAGAGCGCGUUGCACGUGACGUGGCCAGACGGACACCAGAGCCGGUACGACUGGCAGUGGUUGCGGGACCGCUGCUUCAGUUCCCAGGCCAGGGCCGACAGAGAGAGGCGAUGGAAGAAUAUGAAACAGCUGUGGGGCGCUGACAUCUUAGCAAACCUCCCCAAAUUUGAGUUUCCCGCGCUCCUGACAGACGAUCGAGCUCUGUACGACUUCAUGUACACCCUAGACACCGUCGGCCUCGCUCUGGUGCAGAACAUGUCACGUGACGUCGGGCAGGUGAAGAAACUAGCCAAUCGCGUGUCGUUUCUCAAGCCGUCUGUCCAGAUGCAGCACUUCAUUCAGCAGACCGAGGGGGAGGGGGGCACGAGUCACCUUGCGGAUGGUUUCCACGCCGCCUGCCAGCUGCGGGAAGAGAAUCCAGAGGCCUUCCGACUCCUCAACACCUUCAAGCACAGAUGA